CGCUCUCUCUCUCUCCUCGCGUGACUCGCGCGUGCCCUCGCCGCCGCCCUCGCCCACGCCGCCUCCCUCCCCCGCGCGCAACAGGCGGCGACGGUGCCGUCGCCGUCGUCCGCGGCGGCGCGAUCGCCCCCGAGGAUCCCUCCGCAUCUAAUCCCCUUACCCCGUCGCCCGCACCGCCCGUCGUCCCUCGCCGGCCGCUGUCCACCGAUCCGAGUUUUCUCAAGAAAUGGCUAGAGCUCCAAGAGACCGUACUCUAUCAAGCCGGCGUGCUAGUUCAGCUACCAGUGCUGUACCUUCGUAUUACCAGAAAACAAAAAAGGCAUCCAAGGAAAAUGGAUUGCAACUAACCUCAGAGAAAAAGGACUGGAAACGUGCCACUUGCUCAAUAUGUUUGGAGCAUCCACAUAAAGCUGUUCUCCUCCUCUGUUCUUCUCACAGCAAAGGUUGUCGUCCGUACAUGUGUGACACCAACCGUCAGCACUCUAAUUGUCUUGAGCAGUUCAAAAAUGCUUAUUCGAGGGGAAAGCCAGCUUGUGAAUUAUCAGGUGCAGUGGCACAAGCUAGCAAGAAGCCACAGGAGAUGGAGCUUGUGUGCCCUAUCUGCCGUGGGGAUGUUAAAGGAUGGACAGUGGUUGAGCCAGCCAGAAGAUUUCUCAACCGCAAGAGGAGGACUUGCAUGCAUGAGGGAUGCUCUUUUGGUGGAUCAUACAGAAAACUCCGCAACCAUGUGAGGUCCAAUCAUCCUUCAUCAAAUCCUCGUGAAAUCGAUUCUGCAAGCUUAGCUGAGUGGAAGGAGCUUGAAUAUGAGAAGGAUAGGCAGGAUGCAAUAAGCAUAAUUACAGCAUUGAAUCCAGGGUCAACAAUCAUGGGGGACUAUUUCAUUGACCCCAACAGUGACAGCAACGACUCGUUUGACUAUAGCUCUGACUCUUUGACAUUCUCAGAUAGUGAUCCUGGAACUCAGCUUAAUGGUUCCACUAGUUCUCGAAGGCCCGCUCGGAUUAUUCCUAAUGCCCGUGUAAGAUACUAAAGGGCCACAAUUGACAGCUGAGAAAUGGAACCAUUUGAGCUUCAGCAUUCUAUCCUGUCCAUGACGUGCUCUGAUGCACUAUAGGAUGAAUGGAGUGGCGCGUUUGUGAAUGUCGUCUGGUUAGAAUUUCAUUCCCUUUUUUUUAUCAAAGUAAAUUAAGAAACAGGUUAGGCUAAAGACCACAGUUUAGUUAGUCGGUAUUAUGUCACGGGAAACAAAAUGUAAAUCCUGGUCUCGAUUAUGGUUAGUUAAGCAGUUACAUGUGUUCUUCUUGUCCAGUGGAUCUGCAACUUUCAGUGAUAACAAUGUGCUAGCAGUUCUGGUGAUUA